AUUAAGAGGUAAGAUUGCAGAGUUAGCACACUUGAUCGUGUUUUUGUACUUUCAGACCUAAACCACACAUAGAAACCAACUGGCAACAUUAAGAGGGAGCAAACGUUUCAUGCACAACUAAAACACACAACUUUAAAUCUUAUGGCCAGCUUUCAUAACAAGAAAAACUCACAGUUUCAUACAUUUAUAAAAGAAAAAUGUGUGUGUGUGUGUGUGUGUGUGUGUGUGUGAUGGCACAAUGGCAUCACAAGCGUGCACAAAGCGCGCCACUAAAAACCGACCGGGAGUGACCUCCUCGAGCCACGGGUACCGUGACAUCACGCAUCGGACCCCGCCACGCGCCACCGCGGAAAGUCCAAUCACAUCUCGUGCUCCACACCCACGAGCGCGCGCGACAGCCCGCUCCGGAGGCGCGCGCCGUGUGUGUUCAGUCAGUUUGAGCUCACAGGUGCGCUGCGCGUAAAAGUUCCAGUUUCUGUCGCCGGAAACGAAUUAAGUCAGUAUGAGGCUGACGCAGGAUGUGAGUCCAGUAGUGGUUGUCAUAUUCAGACUGGUGGUCUGGCUUUACUCUCUCAUCUCUUACCUGCCGUACCUGAUGCUGAGAUCGUCCGACUCUCAGUCGCUCUCCGAGUGCACGCGGAGGGUGAAGGCCCAAUCCAUCAGUGGACACCCUUCAGGACCCUACAGGGACAUCGGAGCGCUGAGAGCACUGGCCACAUGCCUACAGCCCGGGCUGAACACACUCGAUCGGGUGUUUGAGUCGUCCGUGUGCCGCAAUCCUCACCUCGACUGCCUGGGAACCAGAGAACUGCUGAGUGAGGAAGACGAAACUCAAGAGGAUGGAAGAGUCUUCAAGAAGGUGAUUUUGGGAGAGUAUCGCUGGAUGUCGUAUGAUCAGGUGUAUAAAGAAGUGAGAGCUUUCGGCAGCGGUUUGGCUGCUUUAGGACAGAAACCUCUGAAAAACAUUGCCAUCUUCUGUGAGACAAGAGCGGAGUGGAUCAUAUCGGCUCAGGCCUGUUUCAUGUACAACUUCCCAUUGGUCACUCUUUACUCUACUCUGGGUGGUCCUGCUAUUGCUCAUGGACUCAAUGAAGCUGAAGUUUCUCACAUCAUCACCAGCAAAGAACUUCUGGAAACCAAACUCAAGAAUAUUUUUCUAGAGGUGCCGAGAUUGCAGCACAUCAUUGUUGUGGAUGAUAAACUCAAGAGCGGCUCUGAAUACCCACGAGGCAUCAGUGUCCACAGCAUGUCGGCUGUAAAGAGGCUGGGGGCCCAUCCUGAGAAUGUGUCGAGACAGAGACGUCCUCCGAGUGCGUCUGAUGUGGCUGUGAUCAUGUACACCAGCGGCUCCACCGGCGUGCCCAAAGGAGUCAUGAUCUCUCACAGUAAUAUUAUUGCUGGAAUCACCGGCAUGGCUGAGAGGAUUCCCAACCUUGGCGAGGAUGACACAUACAUUGGCUACCUUCCUCUGGCUCACGUGUUGGAGUUGAGCGCUGAGAUGGUGUGUUUGGCUCACGGCUGCAGAAUCGGCUACUCUUCUCCACAAACACUCGCAGACCAGUCCACCAAGAUAAAGAAGGGAAGCAAAGGAGACACUAGCGUCCUGCGGCCCACUUUAAUGGCAGCAGUACCAGAGAUAAUGGAUCGCAUCUAUAAGAAUGUGAUGCUAAAAGUGGAGGAAAUGAGUGUUUUUCAGAGGACUCUGUUUCUGUUGGCCUACAACUAUAAGAUGGAGCAGCUUGCGAUGGGAUACAGCACCCCACUGUGUGACAGGCUGGUCUUCAGGAAGGUUCGGGCGUUGUUAGGUGGCCGUUUGCGGGUGUUACUGUCAGGCGGCGCACCUCUGUCUGCUGCGACCCAGCGGUUCAUGAACAUCUGCUUCUGCUGUCCUGUAGGUCAAGGCUACGGCCUCACGGAGACCUGCGGCGCUGGGACCAUCAGCCAGCUGUGGGAUUACAGUACAGGACGAGUUGGUGCACCGCUGGUUUGCUGUGAAGUUCAGCUGAAGGACUGGAUAGAAGGUGGAUAUCGCAGCACAGACCGGCCCUGUCCACGAGGAGAGAUUCUGGUCGGUGGGCCCAACGUAACAAUGGGUUACUACAAGAAGAAAGAGAAGAACAGUGAGGACUUCUUCGUGGAUAAGAAAGGCCAGCGGUGGUUCUGCACCGGAGACAUCGGAGAGUUUCACGGAGACGGCUGUCUGAAGAUUAUCGACCGCAAGAAAGACCUGGUGAAGCUGCAAGCGGGAGAAUACGUGUCUCUGGGAAAAGUGGAGGCCGUCUUGAAAAACUGCGCACUUGUGGACAACAUCUGUGCCUAUGCCAACAGUGAAGAGUCUUACGUGAUUGGCUUUGUGGUGCCCAAUCAGAAGCAGCUCCUGGCGCUGGCUGACAGGAAGUGUGUCAGGGGUUUGUGGGAGGAGCUUUGCAACAACCCUGUCAUCGAGGAGGAGGUGCUUAAAGUCAUCACAGAAACAGCACUCACAGCCCAGUUAGAAAGAUUCGAGAUCCCACAGAAGAUCCGGCUGAGCGUUGAGCCCUGGACCCCAGAGACCGGCCUGGUUACAGACGCUUUUAAACUCAAACGGAAGGAGCUCAAAACUCACUACCAGAACGACAUUGAGAGGAUGUACGGUGCCAAAUAGAGACAAACAGAGCCAAACUACUCAUUCCAGGAAAGAGAAAGUAACUUAUCUCACCGUAGC